UUUGCAUAUCUAGCUCUACAAAUACUGUGCUUAACUUCAACUUCGCUAGUCACUUCUAUUCACAGACUAAAGUCGUAAACAUGCCUCCAAAAACUUCAGGAAAAGCUGCUAAAAAAGCCGGUAAGGCUAAAGCCGUUAGAACUGGCGACAAGAAGAGAAAACGUAAGCGCAAGGAGAGCUACAGCAUCUACAUCUACAAGGUGUUGAAGCAAGUUCAUCCGGACACUGGUAUCUCAAGCAGAGCCAUGGGAAUCAUGAACAGCUUCGUCAACGAUAUCUUCGAACGUAUUGCCGGUGAAGCAUCUCGUCUUGCUCAUUACAACAAGAAAUCCACCAUCACCAGCAGGGAAGUCCAAACCGCUGUUCGUCUCUUGCUGCCCGGUGAAUUGGCCAAGCACGCCGUCUCUGAAGGCACCAAGGCUGUCACCAAGUACACCAGCUCUAAGUAAACUACAUUACUCUGCUGUCUCAAACCAAACGGCUCUUUUCAGAGCCACCGAACAGUUCAAAAGAGACUUGUGUGCAAUACCAAUGCAAUGUUUGCUCUUUGCUAUUUCAAAAUAUUUUGAACAUACCAACGAAAUACAUUAGAAAUUUGCUACGUGCAUAUAAUAGUUAAUGGAAUGGGUGAUUUAUUUUUUUAUUGCUUUGUAUUUUUGACCAUUUUCCCCCUCCGAAUGUACUGAUAAUUCAAUUCAAUUUAUUCACAAAAACCUCCAAAGGGAGAAGUAAAACAGGAAUACAAACAAAACUGAGUUAAAACCACAUUGAAAAUAAAAGAAUGAAAUAAAUACUAUUUAACAAUAUCUUUAAAAGAGCAGUGUUGCAGUAAAAUAAUUCACAUAACAUCAUAAUUAAAAGCUCUUCAACAGGCCCUUAAAGCAUCGCUCUGUAAAAUAU